GUACAUCGUCGCUUAUCGGAAUCUUCGACUUUUUCUAGCUGAAAAGAAAUAGGGCCGCUUUGUAAGGUUCUUCUUCCGAAAAGAAAAAUAUUUUUUCUGUGAAAUGAGCGUUUUGGCGGCGGACAUAUCGAGGCCUAUGGGGCAUUACUGCCCCCUACUGGACUGGAGUGUGAGAACACAGUUUGUUUCUUUUCUCUUAAUUUGUAGUUACAACAGGCUAGAGUUUUACGUUUCAAAUAUCACCUGAACAAUUGUGGGAUGUAGCCUAGCCUAACUAUUAGUAGCCUACAACUAGUGUCCUUGAACUUGGCUAAUGGAAUUGGUUAAAUAUACUCAAAGACAGGACGGGAACCAAGGGCAUCACUUUAUGUUAAAAAGUGGUGGGGACAUGAGGGAGCAGAUUAGGUGCGUGACGAUACACUUGGGUCGCAAGACGUGACAGUGCACGAGAAUAAGAUGAGAAGAUUUGUAGCACUAAUUAGAAGAAAUAUUUGAUACUGAAAAACAGUAUAUGAGCGGGGGGCUGGGGGUUGUCCCCCAGAAGAUAUUGAGCAUUAAGCUUGAAAUUUCCUGCAUUCUGGAGACAGUUCCUGCCCUAAUUUAUACUGGAAAUGAUACACCAGAUAUGAAUCAGACAAUGAAUUGAAAUUGUGUUACAUUUUAUUGCAUCUGAAGCAAAUGAAUGUAAAAAAAUUUUCAACAUGGAAUCUUUGUAACUCUUAAACCACAACAACAAUAAUUGCUUGGUUUAAUUAGUUUCAUGACUUGAGAUAUUUCUACUCUUUCUGCUUUCAGAGUAAAAUUAAAUGUAUAUGAUCUUCCUUCCUCUCCAGCCCAAGCAGUUAAGGCACACAACACUUUUCUCUACCACUUGGUGAAUCCAUUCGUGUUUGGGUGUUGAUGUUGGCCUCAUGAAGAUGUUUUCUGGCAGUAAAACAUUUCCAAGGCUGCUCUUUAUUGGAGUGAUGAUGAUUAUAUUUCACCAUCAUAAACCUGCACCACCUGAUCUAUGGUCUCUCUGCUAGACAGAACUGGUUUCAAUUUUGAUACACAGGUCAUGAGGAUUCAGUAAUAGAUAAUCCAGUCUACAAUAACACAACACUUUCAUUAGAGAACACUUGUGAAGACACGAGUAACCUGAAGCUGCCGCAAACAUUCAUGGACACAACUUAACAAGAGGUUCAUUUCAACAUGGAAAGCCCAAGCAGUUAAGGCACACAACACUUUUCUCUACCACUUGGUGAAUCCAUUCGUGUUUGGGUGUUGAUGUUGGCCUCAUGAAGAUGUUUUCUGGCAGUAAAACAUUUCCAAGGCUGCUCUUUAUUGGAGUGAUGAUGAUUAUAUUUCACCAUCAUAAACCUGCACCACCUGAUCUAUGGUCUCUCUGCUAGACAGAACUGGUUUCAAUUUUGAUACACAGGUCAUGAGGAUUCAGUAAUAGAUAAUCCAGUCUACAAUAACACAACACUUUCAUUAGAGAACACUUGUGAAGACACGAGUAACCUGAAGCUGCCGCAAACAUUCAUGGACACAACUUAACAAGAGGUUCAUUUCAACAUGGAAAGAAUCCAGCAGGACAGAUCAGACUCUUCUGAACCCAGGCAUCUGCCAAUGCACAGUGACCAUGCAAAGGGGGGCCUUGAUCAUCUUACAGAUAGGCACCCUUCUUUAGAAAAGAACAUUCAGCAUGAGCGACCAGACUCACCUGUACCCAGUGACCAUUCAAUAGGCGGCCUGAUUGACUUCAAAGGCAGUUGUGAUUCUUUGAAAAAGAGCCUCCAGGAUAAGAAACCAGACUCACCCAGCUCUGUGUUCAUGAGUGACCAAUCAAUAGGUGGUCUGAUCGAUUUUAAAGAUCAACACCAUGCAUCUGAAAAUAUAGUCCCCCAGGGAGGAUCAGAGACUACCAGUGGUGACCCUGCCCACAAGCUUCAAACAGAUCUGGAGUCCAGAUUUAUGCUGCUUGAAGAGACUAUUAUCACGUUUGUGAAGAAUGAGCUGAAAACCUUUCAAAUGGUUCUCAGUCCAGAUAAAGUUGAAGAUUCGAACGGUCAGAAGAAAAAGGAAGACUCAGUGGACAGUGAGGAGGAAGAGCAGAGGAGGAGCAGCAGAGAGGCCUUUCUCACAAUCGCACUGUGCUUCCUGAGGAAAAUGAAGCAGGAUGACCUGGCUGACUCUCUGCAGAGCAAAGCUGUGGUUCCUAUUUGCCAACAAAAGCUCAAAUCUCACCUGAAAGAGAAAUUCCACAGUUUUUUUGAGGGAGUUACUAAAGCAGGAAACAUCACACCUCUGAAUGACAUUUACACAGAGCUCUACAUUACAGAGGGAGGGUGUGGAGAGGUCAAUGACGAACAUGAGAUCAGACAGAUUGAAACAUCAUCCAUGAAGCAAUCAAGACCAGACACUAUGAUCAAAUGUGAAGACAUCUUCCAACCAUUACCUGGCAGAGCUCAUCAGCCAAUCAGAACGGUGCUGACAAAGGGAGUGGCUGGCAUAGGGAAAACAGUCUUAACACACAAGUUCACUCUGGACUGGGCUGAAGACAAAGCCAACCACAACAUUCAGUUCACAUUUCCAUUCACUUUCAAAGAACUGAAUCUGCUGAGUGGAAAAAAGUACAGCUUGGUUGAACUUCUUCAUCUCUUCUUUACUUGGACCAAAGAAGCAGACAUUUACAAAUUUGACAAGUUUAAUGUUUUGUUCAUCUUUGACGGUCUGGAUGAGUGUCGACUUCCUCUAGACUUCCACACCAAUGAGAUCCUGACUGACGUUACAAAGCCGAGCACAGUGGACGUGCUGCUGACGAACCUCAUCGCUGGGAAACUGCUUCCCUCUGCUCACCUCUGGAUAACCACACGACCCGCAGCAGCCAAUCAGAUCCCUCCUGAGUGUGUUGACAUGGUGACAGAGGUGAGAGGGUUCACUGACCCACAGAAGGAGGAGUACUUCAGGAAGAGAUUCAGAGAAGAGGAGCAGGCCAGCAGAAUAAUCUCCCACAUCAAGACAUCACGAAGCCUCCACAUCAUGUGCCACAUCCCGGUCUUCUGCUGCAUCACUGCCUCGGUUUUAGACCAUGUACUGAGAGAAAAUGAAAAUGGGAAGUUCCCCAAGACCCUGACUGAUAUGUACAUCCACUUUCUGGUGGUUCAGUCAAAAAUAGGAAAUGUCAAAUAUCGCGGAGGAGCUGAGACAAAUACACUCUGGAACACCGAGACGAGCAAGAUCAUCAUGUCUCUGGGAAAACUGGCUUUUGAGCAGCUGCAGAAAGGCAACUUGAUUUUCUAUGAAUCAGACCUGAUAGCAUGCGGCAUUGAUAUCAGGGCAGCCUCAGUGUACUCAGGGGUGUUCACACAGAUCUUUAAAGAGGAGUGUGGGCUGUACCAGGACAUGGUAUUCUGCUUUGUCCAUCUGAGCUUUCAGGAGUUUCUGGCUGCUCUCUAUGUCUUUGCCACAUUCACCAACACUGGUGUCAAUCUACUGUCAGAACCACAAUCAAGAUCCUGGUGGUGGCUUAAGCUAUUAACAUUCAGAUCAACCGAAAAAACGAUCUUCCAGACUGCAGUGGACAAUGCCUUACAGAGUCCAAAUGGACACCUGGAUAUGUUCCUCCGCUUCCUCCUGGGUUUCUCACUGGAGACCAAUCAGACUCUUCUACGAGGUCUGUUGAAACAGACAGAAUGUGGCUCAUAUGUCAAUCAUGAGACAGUACACUACAUCAAGGAAAAGAUCCGGGAUCAUCCGUCACCAGAGAGGUGCAUCAAUCUGUUCCACUGUUUGAAUGAGCUGAAUGAUCAUUCUCUAGUGGAGGAGAUCCAACAGUGCCUCAGUUCAGGAAGUCUCUCCACAGACAAGCUCUCUCCUGCUCAGUGGUCAGCUCUGGUCUUCAUCUUACUGUCAUCAGAGAAAGACCUGGAAGUGUUUGACUUGAGGAAAUACUCUGCUUCAGAGGAAGGUCUCCUGAGGCUGCUGCCAGUGGUCCACAUCUCCAGAAUUUCUCUGUUGAACGACUGUUACUUGUCAGAGAGAAGCUGUGAAGUUCUGGCAUCAGUUCUUAGCUCCAAAACCUCUAGUCUUAGAGAGCUGGACAUGAGUAACAACAAUCUGCAGGAUUCAGGAGUGAAGCUACUCUCUGCUGGACUAGGGAGUCCACAAUGUAGACUGGAAUCUCUGAGACUGUCAGGCUGUCUGGUCACAGAGGAAGGCUGUGCUGCCCUGGCCUCAGCUUUGAGCAGUAACCCCUCCCAUUUGAGAGAGCUGGACCUGAGCUACAACCAUCCAGGUGACUCAGGCAUGAAGCUGCUCUCCGCUGUCCUGGAGGAUCCACGCUCGCAAUUAACUACUCUCAGUGUGGAACAUGGUGGAGUGGAGAGGCUGAAGUCAGGUCCCAGAAAGUACGCCUGUGACCUCACACUGGACCCAAACACAGCAAACAGGAAGCUCUCUCUGUCCGAGGACAACAGAAAGGUGACAGAGGUGUUGGAGAAGCUGCCGUACCCUGAGCAUCCAGAGAGAUUUCACCACUGGAAGCAGGUCCUGUGUAGAGAAGGUCUGACUGGGCGCUGUUACUGGGAGGUGGACUGGAAAGGAUGGGUUAAUAUUGGAGUGGCAUACAAAGGAAUCAAAAGGAAAGGAGAGGAUGACGACUGCUGGAUCGGACAGAACGGCAAGUCCUGGAGUCUGUUACGCUGUGAUAAUAGUUACUCCGCCUGCCACAAAAACCGAAGAGCAGUCAUACCCAUCCACCCCUCCUUUGACGCCGGCAGAGUAGCAGUGUAUCUGGACUGGCCUGCUGGCACUCUGUCCUUCUACAGAGUCUCCUCUGACACGCUGAUCCACCUCCACACCUUCCACUGCACAUUCACUGAACCCCUCUAUCCUGCGUUCGGGUUUGAAUCAUUCAAGUGUGUAUCAUCAGUUUAUCUCUGUCAGAUAUAAAACGAGGUAGAGCAAAGGCGUCACUUUGUUUUGAAAAGUGGUGGGGACACGGGCUCAGAUAAGGGGUGCGAAGAGACUCUUAGUUCGCGAGAUGUCACGAUACACGAUAUUAGGUUCACCAGAACGUGACGAAGAGAUUCUUAAACAGUGUUUUAAAGAUAUCUUCCAUACCAAGAUACAUGAGGUCUGUGGGGACCUCCGCCAGGAAAUUUUGAUCAUUAAACACUUAAUCUCCUGCAUUCUGGUGGAAAUAUAUUUAUUUAAAAGGAAACAAAAUAUUAUCGAAUAUACUGCAGUGCAGCUGUCAAGCAUUGUGUUGCUUUCAGAUCUCUGUCAUGUAAUAUCAUCCCUGCUGAGGCAACACAUAUGUAGGCAUGAUUUAGUCUUACAUCCUCUUGUCAUUUCAAAGAGAGAACCGAAAACUUGGCCAAAAACGAACUGUGUCAAGAAGUUUUUAAAAUUACUGAUUGGGUCAUUUUAUAAUCAGUAGCUUGUUUGUUUUUUUUAGCUUAAGUUGCUGUUUUUUUGGCAAUGCACAUUUGUUUCUUCAACACAACGUACGAAGUGGGGUUUGUUUUUAGCAUACCCCCCACCCAGCCCCUCUUAAUGCAGCGAAGACCCAUUUACUCUUAAUCACUUCAUACAUCUUUGUCCGGAAUG